AUGAGGAGCUUCGAUGGAAAACCUCUUAUGUCUGUUGCUGAAGGCAAGCUGGUGCUUCCCGAGGAUAGAGCCCAGAAAGAGACCCGCAUGCUGAAAGUGAACAAUCUUUGGGCGUUGUGCAGAGCUAUGGAGAACGUUCUGAGCGAUAAGGUGGAAAGCGUCGUGGUCUCUAAUAGAUUAGUUAAAUCACCUUGCUGCGUCGUAAGCUUGAAACACGACAAGACCGCCAACAUGGAGAGGAUUGUAUAUAAAGACGCAAAUUCUCUAUACAAAAUGCCGAUGGAACGCAAAUUCUGUACACAACUCCUAUGGCGUUUAACGGCGAAAAAACAAUUUGAGAUCAAUCCCGAUCAUGUCAUUGUGCAGAAUCUUGCAACAAGAGUUACUAUUAGCGGUGAUCUCGAUGCAAGCAUUAAGAAUCUCAUAAACCUACUGUUUGAGACUGCUCUGAUUUCAUCUGAUUUUAUUCCGGAGAAACCCGAGUUGCAUAUUAAUAAUUAUAUUUAUCAGCUAAUCAAGAACAAACUUGGCAUAAAGAAAACGGAGACUGGAGACAUAAAAUAUAACGAAUCCGCAUAUACAUUUUUUGUGGAGGAUAAUUUACAAGAUGACUUUAUAAUGGACCAAAUAAUGGUUGACCAAAUAAAGGAGGAAAUAAAUUAA